AUGAAUAUAGCAUAUGCCAAUUGUCUCCAAGGUCUCCUGCAAGGUCUAAAAUCGUCAGUGGAGCAGAUGGAGAAGUCAAAAGUCUACACGCAGAAAGGGCUCUUGGAAAAGAUAAAGCUUUGUCUUUCAAAGAAACCUCUGCCAACUCCCACCGACCGAAAGAAGUUUGACCAUGACUUUGCCAUCUCCACUUCCUUUCACGGGAUCCACAACAUUGUCAGGAACCGGAGUAAGAUUCACAGGGUGAUUUGGUUGGUGGUGGUGUUGGGCUCAGUCUCUCUCGUGGUGUGGCAGAUCUACAGUCGCUUUGUCAACUACUUCACGUGGCCGACCACGACGUCCAUCGAUGUUCAGUAUGUGGAAAACAUAGAAUUCCCAGCUGUGACAUUUUGUAAUCUUAACAGAUUCCAAGCAGAUGCAGUAGCCAAAUUUGGUGCUAUUUUUUUCUUAUGGAAUAUUGUGUCCAGAGUCCUCCACCUUCAGGCAAUCAGUGCUAAUUCCACCGGCUUUACAGAGGCUAUUGAAUUUCUUGCAAGUCACCAAAACUUUAGCAUUACGGACUUCAUCAAGAAAAAUGGCUUUUAUCUCAGCAAUAGCACUUUAUUGGGAUGUGAGUUUUUUGGAAAACCAUGUGGUCCAAAGGAUUUUGCACAUGUCUUUACUGAAUAUGGAAAUUGUUUUACUUUUAAUCAUGGUGAAAAUAUCCAAACAAAGAAACAAGUGAGUGUCUCUGGAAGAGGCUUAGACUUGCUCUUCAAUGUCAAGCAGGAAGAAUUUACUGAUGACCCAGCCCUUGGUUUUGAUGAUGCUGGGAUUAUUUUUGUUAUUCACUCACCAAAGAAGGUGCCACAGUUUGAUGGUUUAGGCUUGUCUUCGCCCGUGGGAAUGCACACACGUGUGGCAAUCCGCCAGGUGAAGACAGUUCACCAGGAACACCCCUGGGGAGAAUGUAACCCUCACAAGAAACUGCAGAAUUUCAGCACCUACAGUUCCUCAGGCUGCUUGAAGGAAUGCAAAGCAUUGCACAUCAAAAAGCACUGUGGAUGUUUACCAUUCCUGCUUCCUGGAAAUGGAGUAGAAUGUGACCUGCAGAAGUCUUAUAACUGUGUUUCUCCUAUACUUGACCAAAUUGAAGUGAAGGGCAUUUGUACAAUGGGAACCUAUAAUUCUAGCUGCCCUGUUCCUUGUGAAGAAACAGAAUACCCUGCUACUCUAUCUUAUUCCACUUUUCCAAGUCAAAGAGCUUUGAAAUAUUUUUCCAAGAAGUUAAAUCAAAGCCAGGAUUAUAUCAGGGAGAAUCUUGUGAAUAUUGAAAUAAAUUAUAGUGACUUAAACUAUAAGAUAACACAGCAACAAAAAGCAGUGAGUGUGUCUGAGUUACUUGCAGAUGUUGGAGGUCAACUGGGCUUAUUUUGCGGGGCCAGUAUGAUUACAAUUAUAGAAAUUAUUGAAUAUAUCUUCACCUAUUUCUACUGGAUAUGCAUUUUGUUCUUGCUGAAGAUACCUGAAAUGACCCAGGAAGCUCCUCAGGUUCCAGAUCAUCUGGAGAACACAGACAGCAUGGGAGAGUGCUGA